GGGCGACUGUCAGAGGCGCGGGGUCGCGGUCAGCAGCAGGGACGGCGUGGGUGGCCAGCGGGCAGGGCGGGGGGCUGCUGUCACGGCCUGAGCCGGAGGUCGCUGACAGGUCCGCCGCGCUCCGUCACGACGGGCCGCAGUGAGCGGUGCGCUCCGGCUGCCGGCGCCGCGGCGACACCCUCCGAUGGCGCCCCUCCUGCCGCUCCUGGUGGUGCUCGUAGCAACCGGCCUGCCGGCCACACUCGGGCAGGGUGAGGUGGUGAGCAGAACCACCAGUCGGGACGUGACGCGCUCCCAGACCAGCACCUCGCAGAGCUCGGAGACCCGCCAGAUCACCUCGGGCGCGUUCCACAACACGACCAACACCAGCCGGUCGACGGCCUCGGUCAGCAAUGGCCAGGAGCAGCAGCGCGCCGCCUCGUCCACCACCGACGGCGGGUUCGCCUACCUCGGCCGCACCGACACCCAGCUCAAAGACGACAACCGCACCGGGCCCAGCGGCACGUCGCGGAUACAGUCGGCGCAGCGCACCCGCGAGAACCGCCUGAGCGUCAGCGAGCCGGACGGCGGCACCGCGCUCCAGGUCAGCCAGCUGCGCACGGACCGUGAUGAGAAUGUGACGCUCACGGGCACGGACGACCGGACCGGCACGGAGAGCACGCGCAGCUUGGUGAACUCGGCCACCGUGACGGCAGGGGAUGGCGGUACCGUCAGCAGGGAGAACGUGGCCGUGUCGCGCAGCGUCAACGGCUCCGAGCCCUGGUCCAACGGAACCACAACGGCGGUGCGGGGAGCGGACGCCAUCGGCUCCGCGCUGGACCAGGAGAUCCGCACGAAUAUAACGCCUUCUCCCUCUCCCCCGCCUUCGCCAUCACCUUCUCCCUCUCCCUCUCCCUCUCCCUCUCCCUCUCCCUCUCCCUCUCCCUCUCCACUGCCACCGUCGCCUACCCCUCCAACGGGAGCGACCUCCCAGGAGACGUCCCCCUCCCUGGGCUUCCAGGACAUAGAAGUGGUAACUACCCCACCGCCACCCAAAACCACACCACCUACCCGGAGACCCGAGCCUGUGGCUGUCACAACGACCAAACCAGCCUCGGACCAGUCUCUAGACAACACAUGGUUGAUUCCGCAGGCGUCUGUACCAAAGACCACGCCUCCCCCUACACCAAAACCCACUCAGCCCCCGACUCCUAAACCCGCCUCCCCAGCCCCAUAUCCGAGCGGGGGCGUUCAGUCAGUGAUCGCCUCCAACCAGUGCGAGCCGUGUAUGAUCCCCUGCGUGGGACCGCUAGCGACAGGCUGCUGCUGGAUGAGCCUGGACUACUGUUUUGAGAAGGGCUACACGCCGGACCGACUGCCCGACUGCGAGAGAUGCUGGCAAAACGAUCGUGCUAAUGAUAGGCGGUGGGCGUAUUUCUCGGGGUAGAAAUAAGAACAGAGACUGUCAGAUUAUACUAUCGAACAGUUAUGGUCAUCAGAUUUAUGCUGAAUAUUUGUUGUUUUUGAUUGAGCAAUAAACCGCACAACAUAUC